AUGGCUCGGACGACCGUGGAGGGCAUCUUCAAUACUGGGCCCCAGGUCGGGUUUUCCUCGCUUUCAGACGGCCAACGCUUGGCCGAAGGCGGGCCUUUACCCCAUCUCAGUCGGGAGCUACAUGCUGCGCACUACGAGUACAUCGACGACUUUGGCAUCAUGGGCCUGGGCUUCCCGACCCAGCCUGGCCAGGAAGCGGCGACGACGGUGGAGGAGAUCUGGUUUGGUGCCGAGGAGUUGGUGGUUUCCGCGGGCUUCAAGGUGCACAAGGAUGCUUGCUCGGUGGGCGCUCGCGUGAUCGGUGGCGAUUUUCCCGGGACUCGCCUGGCGCCGAGCCAGGGCAAGAAGUGGCUGGCGGUCUUCGGCACGCGGGAGAUCCUGAUCCACAAGUGGGAGCUACCCGACACCGUCGCGCGGAUCGUUGGCAUCCUGUCCUGGGGCUUCCUGAUCUGCCGUGGGGCUCUGAGCGUCUUCGCGGAGGUGCACUCCUGGUGCAUGGAGUUCCGGGGUGGACCUCGGCGCGAGGUCCCACGGGAAGUGCUCUGGGAGUUGGCUGCGGCCGCGCCGUUGGCGCCGCUGAUCUCUGUGGACCUCUCGACGCCCUGGGGCCCGACGGUGAUGAUGCUCGGCGCGAGCCUCUACGGUGGUGCGCUCAUGUCUACGGUGGCCACAGUGGAGGAGCAGCGUCGAGAGGCGCGAUAUGCUGUUCGAGGAGGCUGGACCGUUUGGACGGGCAUCUCCCCGUCCUGGGCGGCGGACGCCUGGUGCGAGGGGGAGGCCUUCAGACGCGUGGGCGCCGACGUUGAGUUGGGCACCCGGAUCCGAGUUCCUCCUGCGCACGAGUGCUGGGGCGACAUCGCUCGGUGGAAGGAGGUUGUGCGCUGGCGAUGGGAUGAGAAAGAGCACAUCAACCUGCUGGAGAUGCGCACGGGGGUGGCCGCAGCGAGGCGCUCGGCCCGCACCCGUGCGAGCUGGGGGAAGAGGCACCUACGCAUCACGGACUCUAUGGUCUGUCUCGGCGGCUUCAGCAAGGGCAGAUCGGCCAGUCGGCCCAUUCUGAUUUUGUGCAGGAGAACGGCCGCCCUCGACCUCGGGCGCGGCAUGCGGGAGUACUGGCGCCGGGUGCCGUCGGACCGCAACCACAGCGACGGGCCGAGCCGAGGUUUUCCGAUUGGCCAGGCCCCGAAGGAGCGGGGGGCGGACGAGCUGGCGUUGCCGGAGACGGUGGCUUCGAGGAUCGAGGCCCUGGCGGACUUGGCGGCGGUGGACCCAUUUCAGCCGCUCAGGAUGGGCGUCUCGAUCCCGGUGAAGGUGCUGCGCUUCGUCCACCUCUGCAGCGGCUACGCGCGCAUCGGGGACCUGGAGGACUGGCUGCUCAGGAUCGCGGGCUCGCGGGGCUACCUGACGAUCUGCACCAACGUGGACAUCGGCUUCGGGUCGGAGUUUGACCUGGUGGACGAGGUCAACGUGAGGGGGCUGGAGCUGCUGGCGGAAGCCCUUCAUGCUCUACCUGGUCGCGGGUUCGCUUCCAGCCUGGAGGCCCCCCUCCGCUACGUCUGCGACAUCAGCUGCGGGAAGGUGAAGCUUGGGAACGCGCAGUUGCUGAGCAGUUUGAGGAUCUUGAAGCCGAUCGGCCUCGAGGGCGGCUCGGUGUCCGUCGAGCAUCCUGCCGAUCCGGGUUGUCCGCCGUUUCCUUCGAUCUUCGUGACCAAGGAGCUGAUGGACUGGGGGGCGCAGUUGGGUGCCUACCGAGUGACCUUCCCGCAGUGCAUGCGGGGCUGCCCCGCGCUGAAGUUGACGACGCCCACGGCGUGCUCGUCCGACUUCUGCAGGAUGCUGGCGGAGCGCCAUGUGGACGCGACGCUGACCAUGCAGGAGAGGCGGGAGGCCGACCUGACCGAGAGGGCCGUGGAGCAGUUGAUCUCAGAGACCCUGGAGCGCAGGCGCCGGGACGCUACGUUGCUGGACGAAGGCCCAUGUGCGAUGGGCCGGCCCCCGCCCAUGCCCGACGAUGUUCGAGCGCAAGCGCUACAAGAUUACGCAGACAUGAUGCAAGAUCUACGGGAUUGGGCUCAGCAGUGGUACAGCGACCUCACGCAGCGUGCCACCGACGGUACCGAGUGGCAGGAGUGGCGCGUGGCCUUCAUGACGGAUGUACUUCUGAGCGGUUCCAACGAGGCCCUGAGGCUUCGCCACCACGCUCAGCACCGCAAGAUGGGCAACACGCACCGCAGGAACGACGCGGAGGGCUCGCAUCUACAGCAGGCGCAACGGCGGGAGAGAGCUACCCAUGGGCUGGCCCUGCUGCCGUUUUCGGUAUCCACCAAGACGGCGCUGGGCUGCUACGUUCCCAACGUGCGCCGCUUCCUGGACUUCGCGCUGGAGGUGAACCUGCCGAUGAUGAGCCGGGGGGAAAUCGACGACUCCAUCCUUUGCUACUUGGACCGCCUGGUCGAGGAUGAGGAGGUGGGCCCGCGCCGAGGAGAUUUCGUUGUGCAUGGGCUCGCCUACGAGUGGCCUGAGCUCUCGACGGGGCUGCCGAGGUCCAACCGAGCUCUUCGAGCUUGGCAUCGACUGCACGUGGCAGGAGAAGGCGGACCUCAGCCUCUCGAACUCUGGGCCGUGCUGGACGAGGCCGUGAGAUUGGCCGAGAGCGUGGAGGCCGCUGAUGCCGCCGAGGUCGCCAUGGACGCCUACCUCAGGUCCGCGGACCUGAUCGCCUUACAGGCGGCUGACAUCGUGGUCGACGUGGGCGAGGCGGGCGAGCAGAUCGUGGCUCUACGACUUGGGGCGACCGAGCGUGGCGAGCGGACCGAUACGGGCGCGAGGCAGGGCGUGCUGAUCGACCGUCGGCAUGUGAGCGACGUGCUCGUGCGCAGGAAGUCCGAGCGAGGCCCCUCGGACCGAGUCUUCAGCUGCUCGGUGGAUGCCUGCCGCCAGGCGCUGAGGAGAGCCUGCGACGAUGUCGGUGUCGAGCAGUUCCCGCCACGCGCUGCCAGGCUCCCGGGGCCGAGUCAUGACGCGGCGACGGGCUGCAGGGCGGCGUGGGCCAUCCAGCGGCGCGGGCGGUGGGCUUCAGAGAAGAGCGUGCUCGGGCGCACGAAGACGCGCGCUCUGGUGGCCGCCCGCGCCGCGCUCCCGCCAGACAUCCUUGAGCGCGGGGGGCGACUGAUGCAG